GCAUCAGCCAGUCAGCUGUUAAAAGGCCCCCGGCAAAGCAGCAAAUAACAAAUUGGAUUUGUUUUUGCAUUAUUUCACAUAGUUAAGAAAUGGGAGUUUGCCGUUUUUUUCAACAAGGAUCGUGUCGUUUCGGCACCAAAUGUCGCAAUGAGCACUUUGAUGUUAAGCAAUAUCUCAAGACGGAUAUGGAAGCGUGCAUCAACAGUAACAUGUGGCGCUUCUCGGUCUAUGGACCGUUUAAGGAUAAGCCCAGCAUUCCUAACUUCAUCGAGGAUCAGUCCUUUGAAGAAGUGCGUCUCCAGGCCUACGAAAGUCGCAGUCAAAAUCGCUUCGAUCAAUUCCAUCAACAGUAUACAAAUCAAGUGCACGAAACAGUCAACAAAAUGAAGGCAAUGCUGCAGAUGACGCCACAAAUCAUUGACGUGAUGAUCAAAAUCUAUGAAGCACCCGAGGGCGCUCAAGUGACUGCCACCAACAAUAGCAAUCCUUUUAGUUUUGCCGACAACAAUGCAGCACAGCAACAAGCUGGUUCCAUUUUUGGCAAACCCGCUUUGGGAGCGAGUAGUGGCAAUAUCUUUGGUGGUCCAGCUGCAGCCCCGCCCGCAGCUGGCAAUAUAUUUGGAGGCGGCACCGUUAAUAAUGCAGCUACCAAUAAUAAUAUAUUUGGCGGUGCCAGCAGCACAAACUUAUUCGGACAACCGCAACAACAACAGCAGCCACAGCCUGCAGCAUUUGGGCAACAGCAGCCAAAUCCAUUUGGACAGCCGCAGCAGCAGCCUUCGAUCUUUGCACAGCAGCCGCAGCAACAACAUCAGCAGAUGAAUCCCUUUGGACAGCCAGCAACAGCUGCUAGGUCAUUUUCAUUUGCUCAGCCAACUCAGGCCACAAAUCCCUCGCCCUUUGGCCAAAGUAGCGCCUUUAUGCCACAGCAACAACAACAGCAGCAAGGUGGCAUCUUUGCUCAAGCUGUAGCUGCUGCAGCAGUCCCAAAUACAGGCAACAUAUUUGCUCAAGCUGCACAGCAGCAGCAGCAGCAGCAACAACCACCAAAUGGCUUCUUUGGCCAGGCAGCAGCAGCGACAGGAUUUCCGCCUGGGCAGCAAGUUCAAAUGCAACAAGCGGCGCCACAACAGCAGCAGCAACAACAGUUGCAACAGCAACAGCCAAGUGAUUCUACCAUUUACAGUCGCAUGGAGGAUUUGACAACCGAGGAGAUUGCAGCAUUUAAAGCGGAAGCUUUUGCCCCUGGCCAAGUGCCUUUCAAGCCGCCGCCAAGAGAACUUUGCCUAUAAAAAAUACACUUAAAUAUAAUUACAAAAUUAACAUCUACUUUGAUAAAUUCAUAAUAAUACAUUGAAAUAGAAUUUAUAUAAAUUUAUAAUAGUAUAUUAAAAUAUAAUUUAUAAAUUAAAAAAAAAAACUUAGAACUUAGAAAAUGUGAAUAGAAGUUUAUGUUUUGCGACUGAUCA